GGCAGAUAGAGAAAUGGUGGAGGAGAGGGGACAAGGGUUGGAUAAGAGAAUGUGGAGGUGGCAGAGAGCUAUGUCCAGACUUUUGCCAGCUAGGCUCCAGCAGCCCCUGCACUGGGCACUGGGAAAUUCCCUGCUGCCCUGGUGCUGCUAAAAAUAGAAGGAUGGGGCUGGCACAGGGGCUGGAGGGCCAUGGUGGGGUUAUUCUGCUGCGCUGUGGUCAAGCCCUGUCCACCACAAAGGUGUGCCUGUUCCGCUGCACCCUGCUGUCAUCCCUCAUCCUCCUCCUCGUCUGCAACAUCGAUGAAACAGAGCAGAACAGCUACUGCCAACAGAUCAUCACGGAGAAGCACCUGGCUGAGCUGGAGGAGCUGGCUGACACCCAGAUGCAGCACCCGGGCCGGGUCUCCUUCAAGUUCAUCGAUAAGAUGCAGCUGAACAACUCUGUCUGCUAUGUGAAAGCAGCUUUUCCUCUGCUGGGUAAGAUCCUGGAGCGAACGGAGUUUAAGGAGAACUCAUCCAAUGCCAAGAAGAUGCAGACGGUGCGGAGGAUGUACAAGAGCAUUGAUGAGAACAUUGAUCCCUGCAUCAGGGAGGAGGAGGAAGAGGAGAGAAAGCUCUCACAGAUGUGUUUUGAGGAGUUCACCACCUCCCCGUAUGAGAUGCUGGUGCUGGUGAAGCAGUUCUUCCAGGACAUCAACGAGCUGCUGCAGGACCACGAGACCUUUGAGAAGGACUGCAGUCAGGUCUACCGCAGAACCUGCUUGGGUCCCAGGAAGGCUGGAUCCUCACCAGGUGUGGGGACAGAUCCUGACUGCAAUUGCCUGUCCCCUGCCCUCCCUUCUGCCACCCAGUCUUCCCCCUCUGCUGCCACCCAUGCCAGCAGGGAGCUGGCACCCGCUAGCACCCAGGUCCCUUACAACCUCCUCCAUGCCACCCUUGCUGACCUAGAUGCCCCAUCUCAGCAGCCCAGUAGUACGGAUGGCGGCUCAGGGACUGAGGAGGUCCUGAGUGCCAGGGUAGGUGACACAGUGUUGGUGCCGUCCCCUGCGAUGCAGCAGACAGCUCCAGCUGACAGUGCCGAAGCCCUCCUGGAUCCAGCCAGGACCCUUAGCCUGGCAGCAGUGGAUGUCUCCAUCCUGCACAGGGAUGGAGAGCUGGUAGAUGGGGACACUGAAGCAGUGGCUGGCCACCCACCACAGGAUCCAAACUCCAUCCUUCUGGACCAUCCCGGCGGGCUCAGGACCACCAUGCCAGCAGCAUCCCCCAGCACUGGCUUGGCAGGCCGAGGAGGCAGGAUCCAUCCCAGCGAAGCACCUGAAUCCAUCACACAGCUCCGUUACUCCAGGAUGGCCUCAGGGAUGCGAGGCCGAGCGCUGGGCGGCCCUGGGGAUGGGGCGAGGGCACGAGGCUGGGGGCUAAACCAGCAGUGGGAGCCCGAGGAUGGCAAGGCUGGUCCCAGCUUUCACUCUGGCUUUGUUCUGAGCGCAGAGCAGCACAGGAAGGAGCCGGCCAUCAGUGAGGGCCGCCAGGAACCCCUAAUAUACAUCAUGGUGGCCAGCGUGGUGGCCAUCUUGCUGGCCAUGGGAGGGCUGCUCUUCUACAAGUAUAAAUCCAGGGUCCUGGAACGGCCGCUGGAAGAUGGAGGCUGUGGCCCCGAGGACAUGGAGAGGAGGGUGCUGCAGGGAGCGAGGGAACAUCCAGAGCUGGAGACUCAGGACCUAUAAGGGCCUGAGGCGGGAUGUGAAGCUGCUCAGGGGACGGAUCUGGAUGCUCGUUGACAUGCGAAGGAGGGUCUGCGCACACUGGCCCCAACGCGGUCCUGCCAUGAUGCUGACGCUCCUUCUUCCCUUGCUCUGUGCCUGUG